CCAGAAACGAGAGAGAGAGAGAGAGAGAGAGAGAGAGAGAGAGAAUAGAUGAGAUGGAUUAGCGUCAGCAAAACACAAACUUCUCUCUGCUACCACCAAAAUCUCACCCUUAACCAUUACAUUCAGACAGAGACGAGAGAGAGAGAGAGAGAGAGAGAGAGAGAGAGAGAGAGAAGAGAGUUCGUUGCAUAAAAGCCAUUGAAACGUAGAGAGAGAAAGAGAUAACAAAAAAGAAAAAAGAUGGCAAUGGCAUUGGCGCUUCGGAGGCUUUCCUCUUCCAUCGACAAGUCGAUCCGUCCACGCUUCAAUGGAGCCUCCCUUUACUACAUGUCGUCUUUGCCAAAUGAAGCUGUCUACGAGAAAGAGAAAUCAGGUGUUACUUGGCCUAAACAACUGAAUGCUCCACUUGAGGCCAUUGAUCCAGAAAUUGCUGAUAUCAUUGAGCUAGAGAAAGCUAGGCAAUGGAAGGGGCUAGAGCUCAUUCCCUCGGAGAACUUCACUUCGGUGUCUGUGAUGCAAGCGGUCGGGUCCAUCAUGACCAACAAGUACAGUGAGGGAUAUCCCGGAGCCAGAUACUACGGAGGAAACGAGUACAUCGACAUGGCGGAAACCUUGUGUCAAAAGCGCGCUUUGGAAGCUUUUCGGUUGGAUCCCGAAAAAUGGGGAGUGAAUGUGCAACCCCUGUCAGGGUCUCCUGCUAAUUUUCAAGUGUACACUGCAUUGCUAAAACCUCAUGAUAGAAUCAUGGCACUUGAUCUUCCUCAUGGUGGACAUCUUUCUCAUGGUUAUCAGACUGAUACCAAAAAGAUAUCUGCUGUCUCUAUUUUCUUUGAGACAAUGCCAUACAGAUUGAAUGAGAGCACUGGCUAUAUCGACUAUGACCAGUUGGAGAAAAGUGCCACAUUGUUCAGGCCAAAACUGAUAGUUGCUGGUGCUAGUGCUUAUGCCCGUCUCUAUGAUUAUGCACGCAUUCGCAAGGUCUGUGACAAGCAGAAAGCUAUAAUGUUGGCAGACAUGGCCCACAUCAGUGGAUUGGUUGCGGCCGGUGUCAUCCCAUCGCCUUUCGACUAUGCUGAUGUGGUGACCACCACUACCCACAAGUCACUUCGAGGACCUCGUGGAGCCAUGAUUUUCUUCCGGAAGGGCUUGAAAUGGGAAAGAGGUGUGUCGUAUGACUAUGAAGACAAAAUCAAUCAGGCUGUCUUUCCUGGACUUCAAGGGGGCCCACACAAUCACACUAUUACUGGUUUAGCAGUAGCAUUGAAACAGGCUACAACUCAAGAGUACAAAGCCUACCAAGAGCAGGUUCUCAGUAACUGCUCAAAAUUUGCGCAGACUUUGGUUGAAAAGGGCUACGAACUUGUUUCUGGUGGAACCGAGAACCAUCUAGUCUUGGUUAAUUUGAAAAACAAGGGCAUUGAUGGCUCAAGGGUUGAGAAGGUGUUGGAGUCUGUUCAUAUUGCAGCCAACAAAAACACCGUUCCUGGCGACGUAUCGGCCAUGGUUCCUGGUGGCAUCAGAAUGGGAACACCGGCUCUUACUUCACGGGGAUUCGUCGAGGAGGAUUUUGCUAAGGUAGCGGAAUUCUUCGAUGCUUCUGUGAAGUUGGCAGUGAAGAUCAAGGGAGAAGCAAAAGGAACAAAGUUGAAGGACUUUGUGGCCACAUUGCAAUCCCCUCACUUCCAGUCCGAGGCUGCGAAGCUGAAACACGACGUCGAAGAAUUUGCGAAGCAGUUCCCGACAAUUGGGUUCGAGAAAGAAACCAUGAAGUACGGGAACUGAGGAAGAAUCCUUCCUGUUUUAGGCAUUGCAAGCAGACAUGGAGAUGAGUUUUCCUGCUUUAAAUGAGAAGAAAUGUCAAGGAUGUUCCGUUUUUAUAGUCAUAAACCUUGAUUUGGAUCUUCAUGAAAUAUAUGUACAUACAAUUUGAGGCUCUGUAAUGCAAUAAACUUGCUACAAUAAAACUAUUACUAUAUCUCUUCACGUGAUGCAAUGACAAGGCCCAACUGUUGCUUGUAUUCUUUCUACUCCCAAUAUGCAAACCCCAGUAACAUGGUGAUGGAGGGGCUCCUAUUGUCGUUUAGGCACCUGUCUGUCACUUAAGCUUUUGUUGUUUAGUCCAUCUUCCUUUUUCUUGUCGUUGUGUGCCCAGCAAGUCGUUUUCUUAUGUUGUAAUCCCAGCUAUAUAUAGCUGAGUUGACAGACGUAUUUUAGUUAAUGAAUUUACCCUAAAUUGCUG